AGUUGCUACGUGGGGGAAUCGGACGAUCGGAGCUCCGCUGCCGGCGUACGCCAGGAGCCGACUCGCGCUCCGCGCUCGCCCUCCGGACCGCAAGCCGGCACCGUGGCGCAGAAACUCGCCCGCGCGCACCGGAACAGCGAUGCCGACAAGGAGAAGGACAAGGAGAAGCCGGCCACCCCGGAGGCGGUGCUCGCGCCCGCCGCCGCGGACGAGCCCCCGGCCGCCGCCGCCGCCGGCGCCGGCGCACGCCCCGAGCCUCUAGACAUACACCCGCGCAAACGCAAAAUAAGAGCCACCAAAGACACUCAAAUAUCUAAAAACGAACCUUUAGAUAAAAUAAGAACGGAAUCGACAAACCAUCCCAAUGCUUACCAAAUGUACUUACACAUUCGGAAGACGAUCGAAGUUCGUCAGAAGAACCUCUUACCUGUCAAGCCUAAGCCUCCUAAAGAUUUUAACAACUAUCUGAUGAAUCGUCGGACUUACACCUUACAAUCCACCGUGAACCCGGAGAGCAAGAUCGAGAUCCCGACGACGCUUCCGCCACAGAUGGUAGAAGAGUUUACUUCCCAAGAGAAAGAGCGCACUCGUCUAGUCACUCAGCAUUUGGUCGAGAAAGAGAAGCUGGUGUUAGCAGUGGAGCAGGAAAUUUUGCGAGUUCAUGGACGAGCCGAGAGGGCCGUGAGCAACCAGUCGAUGCCAUACUCUGUGUGUACAAUCCUGCGCGGGAAAGAGAUAUACAGCGAGAUACCUCCUGAGCAAGAAGAGAAUAGAACGACCCGCCGGGGGCGCUGCAACGGGCGGCAGAUCAACGCGUGGCUGCAGGAGGUGGACGAUAAGUGGGAGAAGAUUAAGGAGGGCAUGCUGCGCCGGCAGCACAUCGAGGCCGAGACGCUCCACGCCGUGCAAGUGAUGGAGUGGGAGUGGAAGUUAAAGGAGGUGGGCAUCUGCGACGCGAAGACCAAGCCCGCCACCGACCCCGCCCACGUGCCACAAGUCCACGUCUCCAACUUCGACCUGCCUGCUUGAGCUUUACAUGAGAUCUCGUUCAAUCCAAUGGAUGCCAUUAACACAUUUCUUCAGUCAUUACGAUUUAGCUUUAUAGUGAUCCUUUAGUCUUUUACUAUUCUUCAAGGUCAGCAUUUGUAAUUGCAUUUUUAGCGUUACUCAAUGAAUUAAGAUCAUUGUAAAGUUGAGUCUUGAUAACAUUUCGCUAAAUGCGUUCGAAGAUGUUAGAACAUAAGUACCUUAAUUAAUUGUGUUCAUUUUUAACUAUGUUAAGUUUAGUUUAAGGUUGUUGCGAGGUUUUGACGCUGAGCUUUGGCGUCAAAUUUUAAUGUGAUAGAUUGAACACCGGACUUUCAUAUUGAUUGCUAAUAAGUGUCUAUAUCAGUGUUGAAUUGAAUUUCUGAAAUGUUCAAAUCUUUAAAUAUAUCUCGAUGUUAAAUGUCCGCGACAAUAUCAGUCGUUUGAAUAAUUUCAUUCAAUAAUAUAAAUGUCUAAUAAAUACCGAAAAUGUGAGUUGUUAGAAGUGAUUAAACGGUUCAGUUAAAUGUGAAUUUUAUAUAUCGUUUCUCUUUUGCAUUUAUCG